CGAGCAUGCAGUGACAGCUUUAUUUGAACAGAUUUGUUUACAUUGCGGCUGUGGUGGUACAGUAAUCUAAGAUGAUACCGUCUAAAAGCGUCUAAUGAGAUAAAGGUGUCAAGAACAAAAACCAUGCUACGACGCUGAGUCGUUAUUGUAACGAUUGAAGCAAAUAAAACUGGCGUAACAAACAUGGAGGAUUGCUACGACAAGAUGAGAGCUGAGCACCAAAUGUCAUAAUAACGUCCUCACUUUUUAGAACAAAGUAUGAAUUAGAUCCGGCACAUCAGAUUAUGCUUCCAAAUUUCUUGAAAUCAAUUUAUCAUCUACGGCCACAGUACUCUAGAAAAUUGAUUAUUCUACCAUUAGCAACUCUUGGGAUCGUUGGUUUUCUCAUCAAUACGCACAUCUCAUUCAUCUCAUCAAAUGGAAUAUGUUACCCCCAGACCAACAUAGUUUUUCUAAAGACCCACAAAUGUGCCGGAUCUUCGAUACAAAACAUUCUGCUCCGUUAUGGCGACAAACACAAACUGAAUUUCGUACUGCCAAGAAGUGGAAACUAUCUUGGCCAUCCAUCCCUGUUCAGUCGGACUAUGGUGGGACCACCCCGUUCUUUUUCCUUCAACAUUCUCGCUCAUCAUACCAGACUGAAUUAUGAUGAGAUAAGAGCUGUGAUGCCUAGCAACAGUGUUUAUAUAACCAUCGUUCGAGAUCCCAUUCAAAUAUUCGAAUCAUCCUACUCUUAUUACAGCUUCGACAAGCUGUUCAAAUGUGAUAUCCAUAAAUUCAUCAGAAAUCUCCCAAAGUUCAGUGAUAGAUUUCUUUCCAGGCGCUUCAGAGGCAAAUUUGGCGCCAACCAGAUGUUCUUCGACCUUGGUGGCGAUCCAGCAAUGUUCAAAAAUACUACUCGGAUACUACAGUAUUUGGACAAGCUGGAAUCAUGGUUCCAUCUGGUGCUUGUUGCUGAACGGAUGGAUGAAUCAUUGGUGCUGCUAAGACAUCUUCUGUGUUGGGACAUCGAUGAUGUCGUAACUUUCAAAUUAAAUGCUCGAAAUCCCAUUUACAAGAGCAAUCUCAGCGAAACCGAGAAAGAGAAACUUCUCAAAUUGAACUACGCUGAUGCUUUGUUAUACAAUCGCUUUGUGAAGAAGUUCGAUAAAGAAGUUGAGGCUUUUGGACGCGAGAGAAUGGAGGCCGAAACGGCAGAGCUAAAUAAAAGGACGCUGGAGUGGUACGAGAUGUGUGUGAGUGACGAGAAACCGUCUAAUAAAAGAAAAAAGUCGAAGCAUUAUUUCAAUCCAAGAGUGAUGACUUUGCAGACUUGGAUGAAUGUCACCAAUGAAACGUGCGGUUCCAUGACUGCAGAAGAGCUGCCGUUUACUGAACGAAUACGCCAAAGACAGAUGAUCGUAUAUCCUCAAAGUUUCAAGCCUGUGAUACUCCAUAAUAAAACGAAAUUAACAAGACUAUCGACGAGCAAGAAUUAAAAGUUAAAUGCAUUGUACUAAUUUUAUGUUUUAUAAAAAAAAAUUAUUGUUGAAUAAUAAAUUAACAUAUAUUUAAGGUAA